CCCAGCCCUGGUUCUACCCCCAGGAAUUUAUUCCCAGUUGAUAGACAAAAACGCCGGCUUUAAAAUGGAAAAGUUUAAUAAAGCGCAAGCUAAAAAUUUGGCUGCCGCCCAAAAACUGGUUGAUACCUACGCCUCCAGCUCCGAGGAUGAAGGCGAACUGGACGAGAAGCACAUUUUGGACCUCCUAUACAAGAACUACAAGCCGUCGGAUAGCGCCGGAAGCUCCAAGGAUGCGGCCCGUACCAGUACCUUUCUGGAGAACACUCUCCACUCGGGAGCCGCAACCUGUCUCAUUUGCAUCGGAGGCAUCCGGCGGGUGGAAUCCAUUUGGUCCUGCGAGAGCUGUUACUGCUUCUUCCACUUAAACUGCAUCCAGCGGUGGGCCAACGAUAGCAUGAUGCAGAUGAAAGUGAAGGCGGCGGAGCAGCAGAACGGCCAGGGCCACUACAAUCACCUGGGCGAAUUUGUGCCGCCAAAGCGACAGAAAUCCCUGCACUGGUGCUGUCCUCAGUGUCGCAGGGACUACCAACCGGCCGAUAAGCCCACGCAGUACAACUGCUUCUGCGGCAAGGAGGUGAAUCCAGAGAACCAGCCCUUCCUUGUGCCCCACUCCUGUGGAGAGCUAUGCGGGAAGCUGCUGCAACCAAAGUGUGGGCACGAUUGCAAGCUGCUGUGUCAUCCGGGGCCAUGUCCUCCUUGUGCGCAGCAGGCACGGGUCUCCUGCCUGUGUGGUAAAUCCAGUCCUAAGUCCGUGAGGUGCAUUGACAAGCAGUGGAGGUGCCAGCAGACUUGCAAGGAUCUUCUAGCCUGCGGCAAGCACAAGUGCAAUCAGGUGUGCCAUCAGCCAGGAAAGUGUCCUCCGUGCACCAGCAAAAGCUUACAACCUUGCGAGUGUCAGCGGGAGUCGAAGAUGGUCAACUGCUCUGAUCGAAAAUGGAAGUGUCAGAAUGUUUGUGGAGCUCCGUUUGCUUGUGGCUUGCACAUAUGCGAGAAGGUCUGCCAUGCAGGACCCUGCGGCGAUGGGGAGUGUCCUUUGCAAGUCAGAAGUUGCCCAUGUGGAAAGAAUACUCAGGUAAGACCCUGUAAUGAGGCAGAGGAAACCUGUGGCGAUACGUGCCAAAAACUGUUGUCCUGUGGUCAGCACACCUGCACCCAGCGUUGUCAUCGUGGACCUUGCAUUUCCUGCCCAAUAAGAACCAAAAAGAAAUGUCGCUGUGGUCUGCACGAAAAAGAGCUGCCCUGCUCCAAAGAGUUUACAUGCGAGACUAAAUGCAAGCAAAUUCGUGAUUGUGGCAAGCAUGCCUGCAAUAGAAAGUGCUGUGGAGAUCAGUGUCCACCGUGCGAAAAGAUUUGUGGCAAGCAGCUGAGCUGCAACAAGCACAAAUGUCAAUCGGUGUGCCACAACGGACCCUGCUACCCAUGCAAACUGGAAUCCCAGAUCAACUGCCGCUGUGGGAAAACCAAGAAAAGCGUUCCUUGUGGCAGGGAAAGGAGUGCACGCAUUGUCUGCUUGGAGCUCUGUCGCAUAACUCCCAAGUGUCACCAUGCCAUUAAACAUCGUUGCCACAAGGGUGAGUGUCCUCCAUGUGGCCAAGUGUGCGGUCUACCCAAUGACACCAGCAAAUGUGGGCACAUCUGUAAGGCAAGAUGCCACGAGGCAGUUAGAGUUAAUAAACCCAAAGAGGCUAGGCCACAGGCCAAAAAGUAUGAGUAUAAGGCAUUACCUCAUCCCCGGUGCGAGGAAGGUGUUAUUGUCACCUGUAUUGGUGGCCACGAAGUAGCUACUUGGCCAUGCUGGAACUCCAAACCCACGUCCUGCCAGCGAACGUGUGCACGUCAGCUUAAAUGCGGCAACCACAAGUGUCCAUUGGUUUGCCAUUCCGUACCGUAUCCCCAGGAUAUGUCUGUGCAAACUGGCUGUGCCAACUGCGAGGAGGGUUGCUCCGUUCCCCGACCCACCGGCUGCAUUCACGCCUGUCCCAAGGGAUGUCAUCCACCGCCCUGUGCGCCCUGCAACUUUGUGAUUAAGACCAAGUGCCACUGUGGACUCAACCAGUUGGUUUACAAGUGCAAUGAGUAUUUUGAUGAAUCUGGAACCGUCCAAGAGAUCAUCGAGCGAAGAGAGAAGCUACGAAGCUGCGGUAAUCGAUGCUUGAAGAAUUAUCCUUGCGGGCAUCGCUGUACAGCCAUCUGCCACACAGGCAAGUGUCCAAAUCCUGAGCUGUGCCGCAAAAAGGUUCGCAUUUUCUGCUCCUGCAAGCGACUAAAGCAGGAGAUUGCCUGUGACAAACACCGUGCUGGUCAGACAUCCUUGGAGUGCGAUUCCAACUGCAAGGCGGAGCAGACUCGCGCCCAGGCGGCAGAGCAACUGCAGCUGGAACAAAAGCGUCGCGACGAGGAAGAAAGAAACCGCCUGGAACUCGAGAAGUUCGAGGCCAAGUUCGGUAAACGCAAGCACAAAGAACGCAAAACCGCGGGUGCUGGACCAGCCAAGACCAAGAUCGAUUGGCAACGAAGAGCAAUCUAUGCAGUGUCCAUUCUAACAGUUGUGGGUGCGAUUGUGGUGGCUUUCUACGCGGACAGUUAAAUAAGUGACAACAACCGAUUCAAACAAGAAUUUGUAAUAUCAAUUUAAACAGAUAAGCAAAUAGAAUAAAAACAAUGACUGAUAAGCAUUUCCAUCCA